AUGGCACCUCUGCAAAAGGAUGAGACGCUCGAGGAGAGGUUACGACCAACAAUCAAAGUCACCAAGCAUACCGACCGAUCGAUGUACAUGUUUGUCCUCCAACACAUCCUCAAACCACUAAACAGAUUCAUCAUCAAACCCGCCAAGCCCACACCAUCUGGCUCGCAGCCUCUCGAUCCUCACAAGAAAGCACUAAAACGAUGUAACAUCACCCAACGACAAACUGAGGGCAUUUACAUCUACGACAUGACACCUCUCCAGCCCACCCUGUCAGGCUCAAUUUCACAGGAGAAGAUCCAGCCUCGCCACAAACGCAUCUACUACUUCGCUGGCGGUGGUUGGCAAAUGCCUGCUAGUAGCGAACACUGGGUCCUCUGCGCCGAACUCGCCAACGCCGUACCCAACACAACUGUCUCCAUGGUCGCCUACCCUCUCGCACCCAACAGUGCUGCCCCCGAUGCAAUCCCGAUGCUUAUGAAAUGGUACCACACGGCCCUCCGAGAAGCAGAAGAGGCAGGUGAAACGGUCGUGUUAGCGGGCGACUCAGCAGGUGGUAAUAUCAUCCUCUGUCUCACCUUGGCGGCACUAUACGAGGACGUCAACCAGGCGAGGUGUCCGACCGCACUGAUGUGCAUCUCCCCGAGCACGGAUCUGAGAAGGCACAACCCUGAUAUCAAAGUCAUCGAGAAACACGACCCCAUCCUCCGCAUACCUUUCAUCAACAUGACGGCACGAACCUGGCGAGGUGAAUGGGACCCUUGCGAUGUCAGGGUCUCACCGCUGUACGCUGAUGUGGCGCCCUUGGCUAAGAGGAAUGUUUUGGUGCAUGGGGUGGUUGGACGGUAUGAUAUUCUGGGUCCGGAUGCCGUGUUGUUUAGGGAAAAGUGCAACCAGGCGGGCGUGCAUGGCGAGUGGUUGGAUUGGGAGAAGCAGAUGCAUGUCUUCCCGCUGACUUGGAGUUUCAAGCUGCCGGAGGGUGUGGCGAGUAAGGAGUGGAUGGUUGAUGUGUUGAGGAGGACGUGA